CCAAGGUAUAUCGAAAGUCUGUAUUUGGGUUUGAUUUAUCACUCCUACAUUUUGAUUGGUAACACCAAUGCGACUGUAUGUUGAAGUUUACUGGCGUUAUGGGACACUCAUGGAGCUUAAUUUUCCGGUGGGACCAUAAUACCGUUGCGCAAGCAAAGGUCUUGGAGCUACCAACGAGUAAUACUUAUUUUGUGUGUAUGUGGUUAUCAGAAAUGGAAAGGGAAGAUGUUAUGGAAACAGCCACUAAAUGUGGGCGGCACGCAUUCCGGAUGGUGCGUCAUUUCCACAAAUAUGCUAAAAAGUGUAUUGAAGUUGGUAUUCCAGCGCCAUUUGCAGCCGAAAUGACGAGAAAUGCAUCACAGUCAUUGGAAGAUUUGGGAUUUGAAGGAAGGAAGAAACUGUGUUACUGCUUCCGAUGUAAUUUAGAUUUGACUUCUACGAAGACCGUUUCAUUCAGACUGUCAGUGCCUAAAAGAAAAGUAAAGAAAAACAAAUGGAAAAGAUACAAAAGGCCUAUCCAACUGAUAGCAGUUUGUAAAGGAUGUGGGGCUGAAAUGAAAGGCGGCGCUUUGGCAACUGUGGAAUACAAAAUGCGAUGUAUGCAAACGUUCUUUGAUCAAAGUUUGAAAAGAGAAUCACGAAGAUUUCCAGUCCACUCUGCCUUUUCUUCACCGGGAACUUCAUUCCAAGAAACUCCAACUUCCACUCAAGUAAUGGAAAGGAAAAUUUCGUCUUCCGGACGUCGACGAAAACUGACAUCGAAGUUGCAACGUAUCCUGAAUAGUCAAACACCGGUACGCAGAACGACAAGUUUGCAGGGCUUUUUGGAAGCUUUCAAGAUCAGCAUUGACAAUAGGAUGUAAUUUACCAACAUGUAUCAAACAGAAAUAAAGUUGUUCAAAUACCACAUUAUAAAAACCGGAUCAUAAAAACAUUCGAAAACCA